UGUGUGUGUGUGUGUGUGUGUCGGAGUAAAGCACAAAGAGACAGAGACAGAGAGAGAACCGAUAGCAGAACCGCAUCAAUACUCUGGGUUUUUCACUAAUUUAACAACCGGUUCCCGUUUCGAACCGGGUUUCAGGGGCCAUCGUUCCCCGGGAAUCCUGUUCAGGUGAUGUCAAUGAAUGUCAAGGCGCAUGUUUUAUUUUCAACCAACCUGGCCAAUCUGCAAUGGCUGAAAGAAAACUAAUUAUAUACAUUUUUGAGUCCAGGUUUCUUAGGACAAGCUAUUUGGAAAUAACUCGACCAAAACUCAAAUCCUGCCCCUGAAGUAGACUCUUUUUCCUCAUUUCUUCUCUCCUUUUGUGCUGAAGUCUGAAGGUAGAGGAGCACAACACUUCAAUCAAUCCCGGCCCUAAUUAGGCCUCUGCCUCACCUCGCGCGGCGUAAUGAUGGCGCGGCCACAUAAAAAGCUUCCCUCGGUUGUUGUUGUUUUUUCUCCCCCUCCACUUCAAAAAGCCAUCUCCCUCGGCGGACCACCCCGCCAUGAUUUAGCAGCAGGUCUUUAGGUUUGUUUGUCCUCUGUUUUGUUUAGUCAUUAAAGUUGUCACACUCUGUUUGGAUCAAAGCGGCUUCAGGAGCGGCACAAAUUAAGGUCCUAAAUAUUAGCGGUGACACCUUGUUAAUGGGAUGGAAGGGAAAGCAGGAAGGAGGGGUUGGAGCCGGGCAUGGCUGUAUUUUUUCUUCGGGAUGUGAAGCCCUGACGGCAGCGUUUACGUUACAUCGAGUUGUGGUUUUCGGUCGACGGUUGGUGUUGUGCACUUGGCAGCGGUGGUUGUAAUUAGGAGUGCUGGCUCGGUCCUGCAAGAUGUUUUUGCCGGUUGUCAGGGCGGUGGGUUAGGUGGUGAGACGUGAUUGACGGCGAGCGGGCACAGCGGUGGGCAAUAUGGCGGCUGUGGUCGGCCAAGAUUGGCAGGCGGCUCUGUGUUAGUGCUUUUCUGACUGGCAGACAUUAUAGCCCUCUUAUCUGUGGUUCUCUGGGGUGCUUUCAUACAACUACAGUGUGUGUCCGCUAUGAUCCAUCUGAGUGGUAGUUUUUCAGCCCGGCCGGGGCGGGGCGCACAGAUGUUCUGACACACUUGCACACUGACGGAUGGAUGGUUGUGUUUACCUUCUCACAAGUGUGUUUAAACCAAGACAGGGGGGCCCAAAACCACUCACAAAUCAUUCCUCGGUGUCGGGCGCACAAACAAUCCACAGAAGAGACGCACACUAAUGAGAGAAGUUACAAAGGUUUGCUUUUUCUUUCUUUCUUUAAUGAGAAGGCCACGGCUCUGUUUCACCUCCGCUGGUAAACAACAACUCGCUGAACUUUGUGUGUGUCUGUGUAAGUUAACGUUAUGCUGAGACGUUGUCUUGCAUCCCACAUUUGCCUGGCUCAGUUCGCUUGUUCGUAUUGUUGUCAAAUUCCUUCACGCACACACACACACACACACACACACCCGCAGACACACACGGAAAACACACACAGAUGCUCACAGCCAAGUCAAAUCUCAGCUGGCCAGACUGACAUUGAAGGCUUUUAAUGCAGCUGUCGUUGGUUAGUCGUGCGCACACACACACACACACACACACACGCUAAGUCAUGAAUACACUUUCACAACAAAUACCCAAAUGCACAGAGCUUUGAGGAGUGUGUGUGUGUGUGUGUGUGUGUGUGUGUGUGUGUGUGUGAAGGAGCGGUGACACUGCAGUUAGCGUUAGCCCACUUUGCCAUUCCCACGGCAUGGCUGUCAGCCUGCGCUUAGCUUAGCGUCUUCAUCUGCAGAGGAUUAGCAUGCAGCGCUAGCCGGCGCACACGAGCUGAGCCUCCCCUCUCUGAUUAGGCGUGAUGCAUUCGAAGCCUCCACGGGGAGAGAGGAACGCCGCACACUCCGCCGCCCGGCACAUCAGCUCAUUGUGUUAAGAGGUGUGUGUGCGGGAUGUUAAGCAGAUGUUUAGUGAAUGCAGCUUAGUCGAGAGCGGGCUCGGUUUUUAAACGGCCUACACAAGUCCACGGCAGCGGGAGCAGGGCCGCAUUCACACAGCAGCACAGUGUCCACGUCUGGUUUUGUGUUAUUGAACACCGGUCUAACUUAACUCACAGAGACAUACCUGAAUUAUAAUACACCAGUUCAGUGAGUUUCAAAUGAAUACAUUUAGAGCCGCCUGCAGUGAUAAGAACGACUUUAUGUCUUGUCAUUGGAAGAUAAUUGGCCCUGGUGCUACAAUAUAUGGCCUAAAGGUAUGUCAACUUAACACCUGCCUGAGAUUAUUGGACAUCUCAUUCUAAAACGGAAACCAUGAAACAGCCUUUACUCUUUUUGGAAGAUUUUACUACUUGAUUUUAGGUCCUGGCUGCAGGGACUUGCACACAUUUUGCAUCGAUAUCGCCCACAUAUGGAGGCGAUUGGGCAUUCGAGUUCAUCCUGAACCCCUGUUCGGUACCAUAUGGAGCCGGUUGGCCAGAUGUUUUGUUUUUUUAUUGACCCUGAGCUAAGUCCCGCCCCUCAAACCCAGACUGGCCAAUCAUAGUCAGCUCUGCUCCAUACACUCUCAUGCAGUGGUUUCAGAUGUUCUUCAUGUUCAGGCUGGUUUCGUGGAUUUGAAGCUCGUCAUGGUUAAACGUGGUGUAAACGUUUAUUUUCCAAAAGAUGAUAUUAAUGCAGGAAGUGCAGUUAGUGACAGUGUGGGCUGCUGAAUAUACAUCCACACCUCUUGUGCUGUAGUUUUCUGGGCUUGUUUUUUUUGCCCUUCGUGUGAAUGAAAAGCUUGUGCUACAGAACGGAUGGUGCUGGUUGUGAGUAUCCUGUUAUGGGAAUGGAAGUUUAGUCUGUCUCAGGCGUUUGGGGAGCAUGUGAGGAAUCCCAGAACUCUUUGCAGGCCGUUUUGGAGAAGAGAGUGCACUGCAACAAGUCCCCCGGGUGCUCAUUAUGGAAAAUGUUGCUCUGUGAAACUCUAAAAACACGCGCAUACAACCCAGAUGUAGACGGGGAUUUUCUCUGUCUCACAUGGUUCAAUCACGUAAUUCGGGUCAAGGGGUCAAGUCUUUAUUCAUAUUCCAGCAUAUGGAGUUCUUGCAUCAUCGUAAUGGGAAGCAUAGAUCAACCACAGUUGCAGAACUGAAUCAGCAUUUGCACAGUAAUGUGUUAUCGGUUCCUGCUUUUUGUUAUCUGCAGCUCGAUUCCAAUAUUACACUGUAUGUUGAAUUAUCAGACAUUCAUAUAUCCUCCAAUCAAUUACAGCUCAGCACACCACGCCCAGCAGCUGCUUCAGACGGCUCACUAACGCUCAACUUUCACCGCCUUUCCUGCCAUCUUCAAAUACAUACAUUUGCCCACCGCUCUUCCCUGCUGUUGUGUUAUUCUUUGUACAAUGUGUGUUGGGGCUGAAUGAUCUGAAUCAUCAAUGUUUAUUGGGAGGAAAUGUUUAGAUUCUUUAGUAAUACCAGGUAAAAAUACAAGUUAAAGUCACUGCGUUCAACAUGCUACUUGAGUAGUACAUGUCACCAGCAAAAUAUAAUUAAAUGAUCAGAACUAGAAGUACUCAUUAUGCAGAAGGAUCCUUUCAGAGUGUUAAAUCAUUUGUUUUGUUUCAUGCACUCCAGAAUGAUUUGUGCACACUUAUCUUGUGCAACAAGAUAAGAAAUGGCAAUUCUUCAGGACUUGAGGGGCUCCUUUGUUAGUGUUGUUGAAGGGGUAGUUACAACUUCUUCCCCCUCAUUAGUGCAUGACGACUUCACGUAGCUUUGCACAACUCCAGCCUGAGCAGCAACGGAACCGGAAGCACCUGUGUGGUAUGCAGGGAUAGGAAUCUGUGAUAAUGCAUCGUAUUUUCACAAAAGCGUUUCUAAUCAUGAUCCUCGAAAGUCUGCGUAGGGAUGAGGAGGGGAUGCUCAGCACAGGACUUUCACCCAGCAGACCGCUGUUAGUGUCACGUGUGAAACCAGACGCCAACGUUGACUUAUUUUAAUUCAUGCGUGGUAUACUUACAUCAUGUACCAAGUUUUUUCGUUUUAAGCCAAACAUUAGCAAUACUAAACAUAACCAAGAAGUUUGUUUGGUUUCGAUUCACAACUUCUAUCGCACGUUUAAUUUCUGAAGGAAAAUACAUUUCCCUCGAAAACGUAAUUUAGAAUGCAGUUUAGUUGUUCAGGAACGUAAUUUAAUAGGAAACAUGGUUGCAUAUUUUAUAAGUUAUGUGUUGUAUAUGUAAAAUCUAAUUAACUUGCAGCAAAAAAAAGAAAGAAAAUAGAACAAUAUUUCUCUCUGACAUGUAGUGAAGCUGUUCUAUAAAGUUUGAUGAAUUGGAAAUAUUCAAGGAUAAUUGUAUUUUAGUAAAUGUACUCCACCCCUGCCUAUAAGAAGCAUUCAGAAACACAGUUUUAUAGCACGUCUUAUAAUUUAUCAGUAAUAUCUUGUCCGUCGCUGCUCCACUUGAAACGUAAAUGGUACAAACAGGUUUCACAGUUUCUUGACAAAUAUGAUUUGAUGUGAAUCUCCUGAGAGAGACUGAAGUGUAAGAGGAGGAAAAGCAAAGGGGGGGGGGGUCGAAGAGGGAGACUUAGACAGAGAGAGAGGGUGGGUGGUAGACGGUUCCCGCAGCACCCUUGGGUGACGUUCGCCGCGGUUUGUGUGCGCCGCAGAUGAGUAAUGGCUUCUGACGUGCGCGUCUUUCUUGUCUCGUCCUCCAUCCGUUUCAUCAUUACACGCCAUCAAUCUCCCCGUCAGGCCCCUCUGUGCCCCUUCUCUUAUGCUAUCUCCCUCUCUUUCUCCCCCCCUCCCCCCCUCUUUAACCCCAGACAGGCUCGUUCUACAUUGUCUGCAAAGUCCUCGGGGUGUUUAACUCCUCGCCGCCACUUCUUUCUCUCUCUCUCUCUCUCUCUCUCUCUCUCUCUGCACCGAAGCAUUGCUCUGUUUCUCACCUGAGCCCCAGUUUAAUUUCACUGUGAGAGCGGCGCUCACACACUCGAUCAUUCACUCACCUAACACACACACACUCACACACCGACUCUCAAACAAACACGGUUCGUGCACACACACACAUGCACACACUCGAAAGGAGCUGUCAAGAGUAAUGGUGUUUAGUGUAAUGUACUGUAUGGCCGCUGUAGCCUCUGCUUUCUCAAUAGGAAUCAUUAUAGAGAUUACAUAAUGGAGGUAAUUUUUCCUCUGCCCGUGUGCAGCGCUGUGAUGGCAGUACAAAGUGUUUGGGAGGCAGGAGAAGCCCUGUUAGCUGUAGCUGAGGAGUAAAUGUGUCUGGUGUAGCCUGGCUAAAUCAGCGGCCGUUAGCCUCCCUCCCCUCUCUACAGAUCCAUGCCUAUUACUCUUAACAAACCAGAAUGGAUCCGGGCUAUUGAUCUGUUGGCGAGGGAAUGCUCUCUUUUUUCAAACGCACUGGAAAGGGAGUAGGCCGUACACGCGUCGAUGCUGAAAUGCUCAUGCGGGAAGUGGAGAAUGUGGAUGAAGCGUCCUCCUGUGUUACAGCACGUAUGAUUAAAUCUGACGGGACUUGGUGUUAAUACGUGAUGUGGCUUCAACAGCCAGGGAAAUGACUUCUCUACGCUCUUAAAGGAGUAGAAUCCGGUGAGCAUCAAAUGCUCACCUCGAGUCCAGCGUCAUGACAGAAGGCAGCUGUACUCGGAUUGGAUUCACAGCAGUUGCAAUAGAUUCCAAUAGAGACCCAGAGGCACUGUGAACUCUAUCAAACUGUUCUGGAGACAGUUCUUAAGAAACUGAUAGAUGCAGCUUUUCAGAUAUCAGUUCAAAGGAACAGACAGUUUUGUUCAAAUACAUUUAAAGGUUUGAAUGUCUUUUUUUAAGUUUGCAUGCUUGUUCAGCACCUUGAACAUAAUUAGAAUGUUUUGCGUACGUAAAUAUUGCAGCGGUCUCCAACAUCAGCGGUAAACAUUCGGUUACUAUAACGAUAACAAAUUCUAGCAUGACUAAAUGUUUAACAGUAAAAUGAAUAUUAACUCAAAUUGAAUUAGCAAUCAAUUCACCAUUUAUUGAUGAUGGUUCAUGCCAUCGGUACUUUUCAAAGCAGCAGAGUCUGUGAUCCCGUGUUACUGUGUUAUUAAGUCACAACCGGACUGUAACUGACUUAUUCCAUUUGAGUCCGUCGGGUCUAAAAAGUCCUCCGACGUGCUCCCGGCUAUAGCAAGAAAAUUAAAUUUGCUAAUUUGAAAGGGGCGCAACCAAAUAAUAAUUCUGGGAUUAUAACAUAUUAAUGUUACCGAAGAGCACGGCGGACUCUUUGUGUCACUUCUGAAAUGAGUAAUAAAUAAUGUGUAAUACCGCCUGGUUUCCCGGUAUGACGGCGUAAUUGACUCUCCUCCAUGGUGCUCCGAGGUCAUUCCCUCCCCGGUGAUGAUUCAUGUGUUCGCUAAUUGCUCUGACAUCAUCCUUGUUGCAUACACUCACUAUCUUUAACACACACACGCACACACACACACUUUGCUUCCUCUCUUGGCUCGGCAGUAGGCAAGGCUGCCAAUAUUGUAUUUACAUUAAAUCUUUGUAAUUUGAUAGACCCUGAGGACGGAGUUCGCUCCAACAUCGAUGUGGCCGCACAGGUGUCUAACCUUGACUCCUCACCCAGCAUGGCUAUUCAUAGGCCAUUAAUUAGAGCAGUAUCCUCCCAAUUAACACACUCGCUUGUUUCUCUAGCCACGCACACACUACACAAACACACACACACUCUUCUUGCACUCCACUCUCUUCACGUUUGAGUUCCGUUUAAUGCGCCCUGUUUGAUUUGCCCUACUAAAGUAAUGAGUUUGGAAAGCAGACAAAAAUUUUGAAGUGUGUUUUGGAGGAGCCUCGGGAUAAUUUGAAGUCCCGGGGCUGGGAGUGGAAGUACACUCCGUAGCUUCACGCGAGCGCUCGCACACAUAUCCGCACGGGAACACACACUGAGCGUUGUUUGUCUAAUGUGUUAUGGGUCUGUUCUCACAAUUUUAAAUGUUCUUCAGACGACUCAGGCAAAACAAAAUCAGAGAAAGAAGUGAUUUCUUUUUUCUCCCAGUAGUCUUUCAUUCAAACCCAAAGUACCAGCUGUGUUUGUACUUGUAAUGAACAAUUGUUAAUUAUUCGCAAUGACUCGCUUUAUCUUCUGAGAGGAGUUGUUUAUUUUGUUUUGUUUAUUAAUCUCAGUCAAGUCCCAAGUCUUCCUAAAACAAGUCAUGAAUCGAGUCUCAAGUUUUAGUACAAGUUUUCAGUCCAAAACAAAUCUUAAGUUUUGUCAAACCAAGUCUCAAAUCAAGUCCUUCGUCAGUUGUGACGAGUCCAAGUCAAGUCUCAAGUCUUCUUAACACUAGUCCCAAAAUGAGUCUCGAGUCAGUCGUUGCAAGUCAAAUCUCAAGUCUCAAGUUCAUGAAAGUACUUUAAGUCUUAAGACACGUUUAAAGUCAGUUGUGACAAGUCAUCAACAAAUCUUAAAGUGUGUCAAAACAAGUCUCGAGUCGAUUCUUCAGUCAGUCUGAUUCAGAUCUCAGGCUUUUGAGGUCAAGUCACAAGUCUUCAUCAGCAAAGUGCUCCUCCAUUGUAUGAGUUGGUUUCUGAAUGCUGACCAUUAAAAUGACACGGCAUGUGACCAUCGUACUUGUCAAUACAAUGGCCUUAUAAUUAGGUACAUGAGCAGCAGUGCCACGCAAGGCUUCCCUUUUGAUUUGGAUCCGGUCUCCUAACAUGACCAAUAUGUGCACGCUGAAGUGUGACAGAUUUUUCAAAUUGAGCCGUCAGCAGAUGGAGAUUAAAAGUUAAACCUGUAAACAAUGCACCGGGAGUAGAUUAACAGACACAAACCGAUUUGUUUACCAGGUAGAAGCAGCUUAUUCACAACAGGUAUAAAAAGAUAAGACUGCUUCUUCAGAAUUAAGAGAUAAAGAGGAGUGCAGUAGAUUAGGCCGAAUAAAACAGACCCGCAUUCAUCCGGCGUUGUCUAAACAAAAACAGCCGUGACUGUGGAGUCCACAAAUACCACCGCAGCAUUUUUCCAUUACAUUUCGCCCUCGUGCCAAAAAAAAUAUUUGCCAGUUACAUUACAGGCACUUAGGCGCUGGAUCGGCACCGCGCCCGCUUUCCUCAUGUGGUUCACAUGAAAACACACAAACUAACUCAGAAUCCAAAAUACUGUCAAACCCAAACCGUCCCAUCAGACGAAAGCGCUGCCGGGGCCCCCACAAACUGCUAAAUAUCAAACAUCAAGUGAAAAGUUGAGUGAGAACAAAUGAUAUAUUUGGCGAAGGCUUGGUCCAAACCAGAGGGAGGAUGCAGAUGAGUCUCCCUCCUCCUCCUCCUCCUCCUCCCUCUUCUUCCUCGUCAGCAUUCAAACCUCAUCUUGAACCAAUAUGGGGUGUCUGUUAGCCUGCAGGAAGGAGAGAGAGAGAGAGAGAGAGAGAGAGAGAGAGAGAGAGAGAGGGAUGAAGUGCAGAAACAGUAGAUAAUGGGUGAGGGCUGAGCGGGAGGGUAAGAGAGGGCGAGAGAGAGUAGCGAGAGGGAGGGAGACAGAGAGAGAUGGUUCAUUAAACAUUUAGAGGGAUGGAGAGCAGACAGGCCUCUCCAUUUCUCCCCUCUUACUGUUCAGCAGAUAGGAGAUUGAAUGUAGGUCUGCCUGUGCACCGAAAUACACCACUGUUAGUGCAUCGUAUAUUCGUGUGUGUGUGAAAUCCCAGCUUGUCCCCACAGGUCUCGAUAAUGGCCUGGAAAUGUAACAGCACGACCCUAAAUAUAGCAACCUCAGUCAUGCUGUAACGCUGCGCUUAAUCCCUAUAUCACACACACACAAACACACACACACACGUACGCAUGCAAAGACAAACACGCAGAGUAAUGCAAUUCCAAGGUUAGCCAAAAGGAAUUACGUGUUAGUCGAGCUUACCCAACGCAGUGUAUCCGCCCGCUCCAUAUGAACCGGGUUGUAUUUACCCUUGUACACACCUCUGUGCAUUGUCCCAUUCAGCACGGUUCCCACUCAUGCAUCCUAAUGGCCCCGGAGAGCCGGGGAGUCUCUGCUGUCUGUUAUUAGCGGAGCAGCACAGAUCAAUGGGCUGUGGGAGCACAUCCCCCAUUCAGACCCACUGAGCCGUGGCUAACUCCACAGCUAAAGUGUUUGCUGGUAUAGGAAAAAAAAAUAUCUCCGAAGUGGGGAGGCGCACCUGUACCCGCCCUCAUCCUUGCUUCUACGGAUAUAAAGCCGAGCUCUAAAGCCAGUGAGCAGCGAGAAGACGACCGUGGACGAGAGAUGAGAAGUCGCACAAAUAGGCCUUUGAUGUGGCAGUGUUUAGGUCGAGAGGAUAGGGUGUUAAAGGGCUGAUUUACUCAAUUUACCCCCCAAAACAUGUCAGACUUUCCUCUAGUGAUAUCUGGAUUUGGGUUCUAUUCGUCAGCUUUUGAACCCGUCUCUGAUAUUGCAGCUGCCACGACACAAAGAAGGUGAAAGGGAUUUAAUUUGUUGUGCUUGACGCAUUUGAAACUUGCACUCAAAGAUUUUAAGAGCAUCUUUCCAGAAGCAGUGUCCCUGAUAAUCCGCUGACCAGUUUUUUCUAUGAGAGUAUAAAGAAAGACAAGUUAACUUCAAGGCCAGAGAGCAGGAAGUAGCUUUCUCUGUAUUUGACACGAACACUUUAAAGCUGCAUUAGUCAAUAUUUUUGAUAUUAGCAUUGACUCUGUGGCUGUCAUGGUUCCAACAUUGUGAAGAGUUGUUAUCCAAUGCUGCGGUUUUAUGGAGCUUUUUAGCCUCUUUUACCUCGUUUUGUGGCACAUUUACUGUCUGGUUGAGUCUCACCAGUCUCAUCCGUCCUGUUGCUAACUGGCCAACGUAGCGAAGCAUUUAGCAGCCAGAUAUUUGCUCUCUAGUCAUGUUAAUGGUCUUCCAUUCAUCAGGUAGAUAUAAAUAUGUCUCCAAAAUAAAUGACAAACAUCCAUCCAUCCAUAAGACCUUGAGAAGUGGUGCUAGCUCUAUCUGUCUGCUUGUUUUGGUGUUUUUCUGCCUCCUGGUGGCCAGAACGCUUCACAUACUGGAUACUGAGUCAUGCAUCUGAUCUGAUGGGUAUCAUACGGGUUUAUUUGUUCCAUGACUAUUGCAGAAUUGAUCGAUACAGCACAAGCUGUGUAUGGGAAGACUGCUGAACUGAUGCAUUUUGUUUGAAUUAUUCCCAAAUAUGCACUUAAAGUGUUUUAUUAUUUUGAUUAGCAUCAUUAUUGUGUGGAAAAUGCUCUUAUUAUUCCCCUCGGUGUGAGUCUGUCUCCUGACUGCCUAACUGCGUUUUGUAGAGGCUUUUGCUCUCGCUUAUAUAAAUGCGAUUUCUGAGAAAAAUGCUGACUUGAAACCCCCCCCCAAAAAACAGAUUUAAAGAUACUGAAUACUAGCCAGGAAUGCCAGCGAGAUGCAGUCUACAAAGUGUCACUUCUGGCUCUCAAAACCCUUUGUGUUGAUUUGACAGUGUUUGCAUCUGGGAUCUGGAAUAUAUGCACACACACACACACACACACACACGCACUUACACAUGCACACACUCCAUCAGCAUAUGGUUUCCCUCCUCAGACAGACUGUUGAACAGACUGAUCCAGGUUUGGUUUUGCUCUCGAGGUCCUGACCCCGUGAUGGAGGGCAGAAGGGAAAGGAAAGGGGGCCUGAUGCUGUCGUUUGGAUUGUUACUGUAAGGCUCCUCCUCCUUUCUGCACACACACACACACACACACACACACACUCCUCAACCAUGUGUGUGUGUGUGUGUGUGUGUGUUACGAAACAUACAACCAUAUUGAGCCAUCUGUUCCAGGGCUAAUUCGUAUGCAUGACAAUGUUUUUCCAACCCAUAAAACCUAAUGAAAAUGAACACCCCACCCGCCCUAAUAUCCCUUAAUGCUAUCACUCGCUCUCUGCCCCGCCCUCCCCUCCACCCCCCAACCCCUCCUCCUGUACAACAUUACAGGCAUAAUUACACUGUAGUGGGCAUUAGCAGCCCGUCUUCCAGAGGCCCUUUUCAGUCCAGGAGGCAGGUCCAAAGAUGUCCUGCUGCUCCGCGUCAGUGAUCUGUCAGCCCGCUGAGAUCCAAGGCCCUCCCAUACCUCCUAUAAAAUUGGCUCAGAGUGUGUGAAUUGUUAUAAUUUUAUGGAGGAAAGCUUUUGGGAACGCGGCGCUGCAAUGUGCAAGUGAUUUCCUCCUUAAUGCUUAUGGCACGCUUCAGAAACCAGACAGGCAGAGAGGGACGGGAAGAAGGGAGGACGGGAUAUAAAGAGCUAAAGAGGCAAUAAAUGGAUGAAUUAAGUGACAGACAGAAGUGUUGAGGAUUGGAAACAGUAUGUAUUUAAUGAGUAAUUAACCAAUUAAACCUCACAUCUAUGUGUUGUCAAACACACAGGGAGAUAAUGGGAUUCAAAACAAGAUUUAGCAGGUGAUGAAUUCCUGAUUCAUCAGUAAAACCUGAAAUGUGCACAACACUGUCUUAUCAAGAUUAAUAUGCAUCUCUAUCAAAACUGAACCAAAGAACUACAUGUGCAGUUUGUUGGACUUUGAUUUGAGACUUCGUUUUACAAGACUUGAGACUUGACCUGAGACUUGUCUCCAUAAGAUCUGAGAAUUGAGGUGACACUUGGUUCACCCAAACUUGGCACUUGACUUGGAUUUGUCUUGAGAAGACUUGAGACUUGUAUUAACAUGACUUGAGACUGGUCUUGUCUCAACUGACUUGAGACAAGACUUGACACCUCUUGAAACCAGACUUGAGACUUGACUUGGAUUUUAUCUUGGUCUUGACAAGACUUGAGAAUUGACCUGGAGUCGCCCUUAAGGAGUUAAAAUAUGCUCUGGUGUUCAUCAAGACAUUUGUGUUGGCUUCUAUUAUUUCUGAAAUAAAAUGAUACACGUCAUAUUUACAACCACUGAUGUCUGUGUUGACACUGCAACAUAUCGGAUGUCCCGGCACAAAAGUGACAGAGUGAAGGGAGUUUGAAAAAAGAUAAAUACAAAAUGGCAGGAAAAGAAAGAAAACAAGGUCUGAAGGGAAAAAACGAGAAGAGAGGAGUAAAUGGACUUGGCAAAGCGUGGCUUCGUUCACAUGAAUCACAGCAGGGAAAUGCUGGAUAGCAGCCCGGGUCGCUCGGUGCAGUCUGUGUGUUGGUGUGUGACGCCGCGAUGAAGAAUGUGGACAAAAUGCCCGUGUUGUAUUGUGUAUUUAAAGGGUGCCUGAGGUCAAACAUGCUGAGUUGCAACCACAAUGAAAUGAUCUACUAGGGAAAUUACAGUAAAAACAAGAGCUUGCAGAUGCUGUCAGACACACGGAAAACACUGCCCUCCCAUGUUGCCCAAUAAGUAGGUUUCCUCCAGCUGUCUGUCACCAACAUGAGGACCAUUAAUGGUGGUUUAUUUAAAGGUUCAGAGGCGGUUAUUGCCAGUCCACACCGAGCGUCCUCGGAGAACAGGCGCACCUAUAACUGUGCAACCACGUGCAUGUUUUAUAGUUUUUAUUGGGCGUCGUACAUGAAAACAGCAGCCAAGUGCUAAUAGAGGUGAUAUCCAGGCUUUUGCAACCUUUGUGCUGCAAAUGGCGUCGAGAGCUCACUCACAAUGGGAUGUAAUUGUGCCGAAGCCAGUUUUCGACAAAUGUACUCGCGCUGUUAAAUCAGUUGUGUUUUGUCGCUGGCAACUGACCGCCUUUUUCUCUCCCCCUGUCUCUCUGUUUCUCUUUGCCUCUCCCCUCUGUCCUUAAUACCCCAUUUUUCUGUCUCUACCCUGUGGUUUUUCUGCUCAGUCGUCCCCUUUAGAUGUGUCACAACCGAUGUGGGUGAACACAACGGGAGGAUUUAUUGUUGGAGCACGGCAGUGGAGGUGUUACGUGUCGUACAGCAACGGCACGGCCGGGAAGAUGAACGGGGCGCUGGACCAUUCGGACCAGCCGGACCCGGACGCCAUCAAGAUGUUCGUGGGCCAGAUCCCGCGCUCCUGGUCAGAGAAGGAGCUGAAGGAGCUGUUUGAGCCGUACGGAGCCGUCUACCAGAUCAACAUCCUCCGAGACCGCAGCCAGAACCCUCCACAGAGCAAAGGCUGCUGUUUUGUCACGUUUUACACAAGGAAAGCUGCCCUUGAAGCCCAGAAUGCACUGCAUAACAUAAAGACCUUAACAGGGAUGCACCACCCUAUUCAGAUGAAACCUGCAGACAGCGAGAAAUCUAACGCGGUGGAAGACAGGAAGUUGUUCAUCGGCAUGGUGUCGAAGAAGUGCAACGAGAACGACAUCCGGGUCAUGUUCUCUGCGUUCGGACAGAUCGAGGAGUGCCGGAUCCUCAGGGGGCCCGACGGACUGAGCAGAGGAUGUGCGUUUGUCACGUUUUCCACCAGAGCUAUGGCACAGAAUGCAAUCAAAGCCAUGCACCAGUCUCAGACUAUGGAGGGCUGCUCGUCUCCCAUCGUGGUGAAGUUCGCCGACACGCAGAAGGACAAGGAGCAGCGGCGUCUGCAGCAGCAGCUGGCGCAGCAGAUGCAGCAGCUCAACAGUGCGACCACCUGGGGGAGCCUGACGGGCCUGGGCGGCCUCACCCCGCAGUAUCUGGCUGUAAGGAGAGCCGCCGCGUCGCCCACCACCAUCACCUCCUCCACCCCUUACUACAGCCCCAUGGCCAACGCCGCCGCAUUGCUCCAGCAGGCGACUUCCUCCAGUAACCUGGGAGCCUUCAGCGGGAUCCAGCAGAUGGCCGGUAUGAGUGCUCUGCAGUUGCAGAACCUGGCCACUUUAGCGGCGGCAGCGGCGGCGGCCCAAAACUCAGCCAGUCCCUCCGCCGCAAACCCCCUGUCCAACAGCGUCGCCUCCCUGGGAGCGUUGGGCAGCCCAGCCAACUCCAACGCCGGCAUGAACUCUCUGACCUCUCUGGGCACCCUGCAGGGCCUGGCAGGCACCGUCGGCCUGAACAACAUUAAUGCACUAGCAGGUAGCAUCAACAUUGCUCAAAUGCUCUCAGGUAUGGCGGCUCUAAACGGAGGCCUGGGCGGGGGGCUGACCAACGGGACGGCGGGCACCAUGGACGCGCUGACGCAGGCUUACUCAGGGAUCCAGCAGUACGCCGCCGCAGCGCUGCCCACCCUCUACAGCCAGUCCCUGCUGCAGCAGCAAGGGGCCGCCGGCAGCCAGAAAGAGGGUCCCGAGGGUGCCAACCUGUUCAUCUACCACCUGCCCCAGGAGUUUGGAGACCAGGACAUACUGCAGAUGUUCAUGCCUUUCGGAAACGUGGUCUCUGCCAAAGUCUUCAUCGACAAACAGACGAACCUGAGCAAGUGCUUCGGCUUCGUCAGCUACGACAAUCCAGUGUCGGCACAGGCAGCCAUCCAGGCCAUGAACGGCUUCCAGAUCGGCAUGAAGCGGCUGAAGGUGCAGCUGAAGCGCUCCAAGAACGACAGCAAACCGUACUGA